AUGGAAAAUGUAUCAGCAGUGACAUCCUUCAUAUUCAUGGCAUACACUGAACUGGAAGAUCACAGAUAUUUAUUCUUCAUAUGUUUUCUUCUUUUAUAUGUUCUGAUAUUAUUGGGCAACUGUGUUCUAAUUUUGACAGUUUUCAUUGAGAGGGGCCUGCAUGAACCCAUGUAUUUGUUUAUAUGUAACUUAGCAGUGAAUGGACUUUUUGGGAGCACAGCAUUAUUACCCUCUAUGCUUGUCCUUCUGUUAUCUCAUAAUUAUGAAAUAUCUCUGACACAUUGUCUGUUACAGGUAUAUUGUUUAUACUCAUAUGGUGCAGUUGAAUUUACUAUUUUAGCAGUGAUGGCCUAUGACCGGUAUGUUGCUAUUUGUCAUCCAUUACACUAUCACCUCCUCAUGUCUCCAAGGAAUAUUUUUGCAGCUAUUUCAUUAUCAUGGGUUGUUCCCUCUCACUUAUUCAUGUCCCUUUACUUUCUGAUAAUUCCCCCAUUGUUUAAUCCGGUCAUUUAUGGAAUUUGCAUUCAAGCCAUAAGAGUUAACAUUUACAAGCUACUUAUUUGUAAAGAAAAAGUAAAUGAUCUACUGUCGUUGAAGUAA